AUGGAUUCCCACUACUUGGAUCCUCGCACUUUUCAGAAAAUUAGGACAGAUCCCAAAGUGCUAGAUGGAGGGGCACUAGAGAGAAUUUCUAAGUUAGCCAAAGUAAAUGAAUGUUCUCUCAAAACUGAAUUAAUAAGUUUUGCCAACUUAUUUCCAAGUCUUACAGGAUGUCUUUCUGAAGAUGAGACACAGAAAGUGGAAAUAAUUAUUGAUGAGGAGGAGGAGGAAGAGGAGGAGGAGAUUGACUGGAUUCCACCUACUGACAAACUAGUUGAGGUACAAAAGGAAUCAAAGUGCGGUUCUUGCAAGCAGUGCUUUCUUUGCUGCCACAGGUUGUUGAUAAAAUACAACCUUUAUUCUGCAGCUUAUGAAAAUCUUUCUAUCACCUAUGAGUACCUGUUGACCCUUUCUUUUACACAAGUGUCAUGUGAGAGAGCGUUCAGCAAGCUUAAACUCAUCAAGACCCGACUGCGAGCCACAAUGGGACAAGAACUGCUUGAUGCUCUAAUGCUCAUGUCAGUGGAGAGAGAUCUUCUGGAACAGGUCCAGUUUCCAGAUGUAUUGGAAAUUAUUCGUCAAAGUUCUGCCUUGAUGAGGUCUUUGCUAACCGUUUGA